AUGGCUGACGAAGCAUUCGAAAACUUCGAUGAGGAAGCGACGGUACCACAGGACAUGGACGAUGCCGUCCAUGAUGACCAGGCAGCCCAGGUCUACGAAGAAGCUCCCGUAGUCCAGACUGCUGAGCUUCCCGAAAUCAAGCUGUUCGGCCGUUGGAGCAGUGAUGAUAUCGAUAUUUCCGACAUUUCCGUCUCGGAUUAUAUCGCCGUGAAGGAGAAGCACGCCAAAUACCUUCCCCACUCGGCCGGUCGCUAUGCGGCCAAGCGUUUCCGCAAGGCCCAGUGCCCGAUCGUCGAGCGUCUGACCAACUCGCUGAUGAUGAAGGGUCGCAAUAACGGCAAGAAGCUGAAGGCUGUGCGCAUCGUGCGUCACGCUUUCGAGAUCAUGCAUCUGCUGACCGGUGAAAAUCCGCUGCAGAUCGUGGUCCAUGCCAUCAUCAACUCAGGCCCACGUGAAGACUCCACCCGUAUCGGGCGUGCUGGUACUGUCCGUCGUCAGGCCGUCGAUGUGUCUCCUCUGCGUCGUGUCAAUCAGGCUAUCUGGUUGCUGUGCACCGGUGCUCGUGAGGCUGCAUUCCGUAACAUCAAAACGAUUGCCGAAUGUUUGGCCGACGAGCUGAUCAACGCCGCUAAGGGUUCUUCGAACUCGUACGCAAUCAAGAAGAAGGACGAGCUGGAGCGUGUCGCCAAGUCUAACCGAUAA